GUUAAGUUUUUGGUUGCCGAAAAAAAAAAAACAUAUGUUAGAUGAACGACAAUCAGGGGUUCCGUUCGUUCAGUUUAUUUAGUGAGUCUUGGCCCGUGCAAAUAUCAAAUAAAUUUGCCAAUAUAAAUUACAAAAACUCAAAUUGCGCACUCGUUUUGCCAAUAGCAGCUGGCAGCAGGGAGCGGACAGACAAAGGCCAAUAGAAAACGCAAUAGCUAAAAUAAAGACACUAACAAUAACAGCAACUGCAACAACGACAACGACUACAACAAAAACAACAACAACCGCACCUGCUGCAAAAUGGAGGCGGAGGGUCUGACAAAUGAGCAAACAGACAAAGUGCUACAAUUCCAAGAUCUGACUGGCAUAGAGGACAUGAACAUAUGUCGCGAUGUGCUCAUGCGUCAUCAAUGGGAUCUCGAGGUGGCCUUUCAGGAGCAAAUGAACAUUCGCGAGGGACGACCCACAAUGCUGACUGCCUCGACAGAUGUUCGCGCACCUGCUGUGAUCAACGAUCGAUUCCUGCAACAGGUCUUUUCGGCGAACAUGCCAGGCGGACGCACUAUUAGCCGGGUGCCAAGCAUCGGGCCAAUGCCACGCAGCUUCACGGGCAUCCUCGGCUAUGUGAUCAACUUUGUGUUCCAAUACUUUUACUCGACACUCUCUGGCAUUGUACGCGCAUUUAUUAACCUUGGUGGCGGCAACGAGCCGCGAAUCGUUUCCGAUCCACUGGCUGACGUGAUGAAGUUCAUAAGAGAGUACCACGAACGCUAUCCGGAACAUCCUGUCUUCUAUCAGGGCACCUAUGCCCAGGCCUUGAACGAUGCUAAGCAGGAGUUGCGGUUUCUGCUCAUCUAUUUGCACAAGGAUCCCACACAAAAUCCAGACGUGGAAUCCUUUUGUCGUGACACGCUCUCAUCGCGUCCAGUUAUUGAUUACAUCAAUGCGCACACGUUGCUCUGGGGCUGUGAUGUGUCCACGCCGGAAGGAUAUCGCGUGAUGCAGACGCUCACGGUGCGCACUUAUCCCCUGAUGGUUAUGAUUAGCUUAAGGGCCAAUCGCAUGAUGGUCGUCGGACGCUUCGAGGGCGAUUGCACGUCAGAGGAGCUGUUGCGUCGCCUCCAGUCGGUCAUCACCGUCAACGAGGUGUGGCUGAGUCAGGCGCGCGCCGAUCGACUCGAGCGCAACUUCACGCAGACGCUACGCCGCCAGCAGGAUGAGGCUUAUGAGCAGAGUCUGCUCGCCGAUGAGGAGAAGGAGCGUCAGCGCCAACGCGAACGCGAUGCCGCUCGCGAAGUGAUUGAGGCGGAGGAACGAGCCCGUCGAGAUAUUGAGCUGCGCAAGGAAGAGAUAGCCAGGCAGAAGAUCGAGCUGGCCAACUUGGUACCGCAAGAGCCGGCACCCGAUGCUGCAGAUACCAUUGCUGUGGUUUUCAAACUGCCUGAUGGUACACGUCUCGAACGACGCUUUCAGCAAACUAAUUCCAUUUUGGACGUUUAUCAUUUCCUCUUCUGUCAUCCCGCUUCGCCGGAUGAGUUUGAAAUAACAACGAAUUUCCCAAAGCGUGUUCUCUAUUCCAAGGCGGCCAUCGAUGCAGCCGAAUGCUCUGUCAAUGAAACCUACAGCAAAACCCUAAAGGAUGUGGGUCUUAAGCAUCGCGAAGUGCUCUUCGUCAAUGAUCUGGAAGCGUAACCAAGCCCUACUACCACCAAAUAACAAAACAAGAAGAAUAACAAAAGUGAAAUAUACAAAGGAACGGAACGAAUACUGAAAUUUUUGUGUUGCCAGCUAAACGAAAACGCAUUACCAAAUAACUUGAACCAAGUUUUGAGUAGUCGUAGUCCUCAACUCGAGUCCAAUCCGUUUGGCACAGUCGGAGGUUGGA